AUGCCAUUUUACUUCCAUUGCAUUCGUCCGAACGCCAAGAAACAAUCCUCAGUGACGACCAAGGACCUCAUCCUACAACAAUGCCGCUCCCAGCGUCUAACCCAGCAAGUUCAGAUUUGCCUCGCCAGUAGCGACGAAUCUCUUUCAGUUUGGCUCAGCGAUCUGCUCCACUGCGAUGACUGUCAAACUCCGAAGAUAAGUGUUGUUGCUUCGUCUGUUGUUCAGUUCAACUCGAUUAGUCUCGUGGAGAAGUUGGAGUUGCUGCUUGAGGACCACGAAGCUGAAGCUGCCACAAAAAUCCAGUCGUUAUUUCUCAUGGUCAUGUGGCGGCAUCGAUAUCUCGCAAAAAAGCGGGAGCGGGGGGGUCUAUCGAACGAGCUCCUGGCUUGGUACGGCUCCGAAAAGACGGAUACUGUCAAGAAGCUUCUGAUGAAGUAUAAUGGUCGCGAAGAUGAGCUGCGCGCCAAACUUGAGCUCAAGAAGAGAGCCAAAUUCCAGGCAGAGAACGCGGUGCACCAAUUAGCAACCGAUCUCAAGUCUCUUUGUCUGGGCAACCACGGCGGCUUGGACGCCCAGGCUAAAGUUGUGUUGGCAUUGCGUGACAUGAGCUUGAAUCCGGACGUGCUCGAGGCUCAACUGGCCGACCUCGAGUUACGAGCAUUUUAUCAAAAGCUUUGGGCAACGUACCAUGACGCGUUGGUGGAAGUUGGGGAGGAUCCAGAGUUGUUGCUCUUUCAUUCCGAGGACGUCGAUUUUGUGGGUGCUUUAGAGAGAUUUUUGACAGCGCUAGCAGUUGAAAAGCAG